AUGGCCAAAAAACAUAAGGGCACAUUAGCUGUGAUUGAGCAGAUAUACCAAGAUAUCCCAGCUUUCACAGACAUUUUCACUGAGGAGUCUUUUUAUAUGUUUGCAUUUUGUUUUGUUUGCGCUACUAUUUUGGUAGCAUUCAUAUUAUCAAGAUUUAUUACUAUAAAGCCAGUUGAACUUUAAAAUAAACGAAUAUGUUUUUA